AUGGGACAGCGAAUUUUCUUUUCUAAAGAAGAGCAGGAUGGGGCACAGUCACGUAAGAUUUGUAACUGCGAUUUUAGUGUCUCCCACGGGGGAAGGAACGACAUCAGUCAGCAUGAAAAAUCGACCAAGCACAAGCGCUGGCUAGAGGCACAGAAACAUGCCCAGGCGAUGUCAACAUUUGUGACUAGAAAUACCACCGAGGCAGACCAGGUCAUAAAUGCGGAGGUUAAAAUGGCAAUGCUGUGUGCCAAAAACAAUGUUGCUUUCAACUUCUGUGAUGACUUCAAUAAGUGUGUAGCUGAAAUGUUCCCGGACUCUGCUAUCGCACGGAAAUUCUCGGCGGGAAAAACCAAGGCUACCCAACUCAUCAAAGGUGCCAUAGCAACAGAGCUAGAUGACGAGUUGGCCAAAACAUGCCGAUCUCAGCCAUUUUCUGUGAUGUGCGACGAAUCGAACAACAGAAAAGGAAAUAAAGAAUUUGUCAUCCUAACUAGACUCUACGAUGAGGCCACUCUGCAGGUCGUUACAAGAUUCAUGGAGAUGCCUGUAUGCAACGUGGGAAAUGCAGAAAAUCUGUAUGAAAAACUGAGUGAAGCACUAAGUGCAAAUAGAUGUGAACUCUACAAAGGGUUUGUAGAUUUCACUGAUUCAGACCACCGGAAGCUCCUCAGGUACUGCAGCACCAGAUGGCUGAGUCUGCUAACCUGCAUCCAGAGAGUGUUGAACCAGUGGGAUGCACUGCAGGCCUACUUUAACAGUCAUGAGGAGGUGGAGAGGAGUGCCAAAGUGCGCGAUCUAGCAAGCCAUCUGCGUGAUCCAAUCGUGAAGGCUUACUUCAUGUUCCUGAGUGCUGCCCUUAAGCCUUUAUAUGAAUUUAAUAUUGUCUUCCAGUCAGAGGCCGUGCAGAUUCACAGACUUGAAGAGGAGAUGUGCAGGCUGAUCAAGAGGAUCCUGGGGUUCCUCAUACCAGCCAGGGCCAUCAUGGGUGUACCUCUCAAGGAGGUGGAGUAUGGAGAAGGACAUCAGUUGGCUGACGAAGAGCUCUUUAUAGGAGCAGAAACAAAGGCAUUCAUGGCAAGGAAAGAGCUCCCUGUGUCAGCGGAGAAGAAAAUCUUUCAAUCUGUGAGAAGAUUCUAUGAAGCAGUGCUUCAGAAGAUGUUCUCCUCUUUUCCUCUUGACCAUCCACUCCUGAAGGACAUGAAAGUGCUGGACCCUGCUGCUCGCCUUGACAUUACUCCAGGGACAGUGGCAAGGCUAGGGGCCCUUUUCCCUCAGUUGAUCUUGAGUGAGGAUAGGCUGAGAGAGGAACUCAUUGACUAACAGGUGACAGAUAGCAAGCAUCUCCCACAAGAAGACAAAACUGACAGAUUCUGGGGACUGGUAGGGAAAGAUGUGAGGUUCAGUGAGCUGCCAAGAUUAAUGAAGGCUUUACUAUGCAUUCCCCACAGCAAUGCCAGUUCUGAAAGAGUGUUCAGUAUGGUAAGAAAGAUUGUUACAGAGAAUAGGAUGUCAUUAGACAACAGCACGGUUUGUGCUUUACUGUCAUGUAAAAUCAACCACUCUGGCCCAGGCCACAAAUACACUCCAUCCAAACGAGUCUUAAAGGAUGCAAAGGCUGCAACAAAUCUGUAUAAUACGUCUUUAGUGAAUGCCAGAGAGCCACCUGAGUGAACAUGAGAAAUUUAAAUAAAAUGUGUAAUGAAGACAAAAUGUAAAUGUUUAACCUAAAGACAAGCAAUGUAUAUAUAAACUGAAAAUGUGUUAAAUAAAUAAAUGUGCUUGAACCCC